AUGCUACUCUUAGUUCCUAUUUGCUUGUUUGGCUUUUUCAUAGAUCCUUUUCUAAUCCAUGCAAAUGUCAGUUCUCAAGAGAAUCUUUACCUAGGCUAUGAAAAUUUUGAUGAAGCAGAGGUCGAGCUGGAAGAUGCUACUGAAUCAUGGGACUCAAACAUCAAGGACCACAACCAUCUGGCGAGAGAGCAGUCAGCUGUUGUAAAGACUGGAAACAACUUUCAAGAGUCAUUAAAGCAUGCAAAUGACAAAAAGCAAGGAUUUGAGUCCAUAAAACAAGGAGCAUCAGUUAAGACUGAGAGUGAGGAAUUUAAAAGAUUGAAGCAAAAGGCUACAAUGGAAUAUUCUUGGCCGUACAAAUAUGCCGAAACAGAGAGCGAGUUUGGGGGCAUAAUUGAGGAUACUUUAGACGAAGCCCUAACGCGUCAGGCUGGUGAAGCUAUUAUCAGUUUUUCCUGGCGGUUCAGUGAGCCAGUUGGUCGUAUUACAACACUUGAUGUUGAUUGGCAUGACGAGGCAAGACGUCCUUCAUAUCCGGUAGACAUAAUUUAUUUGGGCACCGGUGAGUUGAAACUUCUUUUAAUAUGUCUCUAA